AUGAACCACACUUGCAUCUCACAAGCAGCAAACCUUACCACGAAUCCUCAUCAGGAAUGGGAGGUGGUUCUGAUUGUGCUUGUGACUGGGCCUCUUUCUCUUAUUACCAUACUGGGCAACUCCUUGGUGCUCAUCUCCAUCCGAGUCAACAGUCAGCUACAGACCAUCAGUAACUACUAUCUUCUGAGUCUGGCGGUGGCAGACCUGAUCUUGGGUACGGUGUCAAUGAACCUAUAUACUGCAUACAUAAUCAUGGGCCGCUGGACACUGGGACAUCUGGCUUGUGAUCUGUGGCUGACACUUGACUAUGUAGCGAGCAACGCCUCAGUAAUGAACCUGCUGGUCAUAAGCUUUGACAGAUACUUCUCAGUCACACGACCGCUGACUUAUCGAACAAAGCGAACUCCGAAGACAGCAGCUGCAUUGAUCGCUCUCGCAUGGGUGGUAUCGUUUGUGCUAUGGGGACCCGCUAUCUUGUUUUGGCCUCAUGUGGUGGGACGACCAUCUGGGGCUGAAGCCCAGGCCUGUUCUAUCCCGUUCUUGAAGGUUCCUCCGCUUACAUACGGUACUGCAAUCGCUGCAUUCUACUUACCCAUCACUAUCAUGAUUAUUCUGUACUGGCGAAUUUAUUGGGAAAUCGAAAACAGGGCAAAAGGACUUGCUGGUUUUGUUGGAUCUGUGAGAAACACUAGAGAUAUUCUGCAUGGGUUGGACAAACAAUCAGUGCACCAAAACAGUACCAAGAGCAACCUUAGUCGUUCAAAGGAAACAAAUUCCAGAAAGGGACCAGGCAAAGCCAAAGGAAAGUCAGUUGGGUGUUUCAAUUCAACAAGAAACAAAAUGGCAGCCAUUUUGCAGAAGUCAGCUCAUGAGAGUUACAAGGAGUCUUACAGCAACAGUAGCUGGAACAUUGAAGAUGAGGAUGAUAGCGCCUUGUCCUCUUCAACAGACGAGGAACAUGAGCAGAACAUCAAGGCAAGAGCACCUUCAUCCAAUCCAACUGCGAUCGAGUUGAAGGAUCUCCAAAGUAGAUCAGAGGAUACCAAGGGUGUGCACGAGUUCUCAUCAGCUCAGCGUCCCACCAGACAGUCCCACUUAAAACCACCCCAAAAAUCAGACCACAGCAUUUGCCACCAGCUCAGAGUUAAACAUCGCAUCAAUAUGAUCAUUAAAGAGAAAAAAGCAGCUCGGACACUAAGUGCUAUCUUGUUGGCUUUCAUCCUCACGUGGACACCAUACAACAUCAUGGUUUUGGCUUCCAUUUCAUACUGUGUACCUGAAAAGCUCUGGCAGCUGGGAUACUGGCUGUGUUACGUAAACAGCACCGUCAACCCCAUGUGCUAUGCCCUCUGCAAUGAGUCUUUCCGGGUCACCUUCAAGGCACUGCUACUUUGUCGCCGUGGAGAUAAACGAAAAUGGGACACAAACAGCUUGAAUCGCCAUGCCUCUGUGAAGCAGAAUACGCCUUGUAGUAACAUGACAUCUUUAUGA